AUGCCACACAUGUUUCAACCCACACCUGCAAAGUCCCUCUUCGAUGGAUUAGACGAAGACAAACAGAGGGAACCUCAAGCCAAUCCUGCAUCCUCUUCAUCAAGACAAGCGACUCAGGAUCCCUACACCUCGUCCAGAAAGGCCACCUUGGACCCAGAAAUCUCGAGUGUAUUCACACAAUCCACGCUCGGUCCUUCCGAGUCCAUCCACCAAGAAAACACCUCAUCCUCACGGUUCGGGUUCCUUAGACGCAACAAGUCUAAGACCGAGCAACAGCAACAAACAGCUCUUCUUGGUGAUGGCACAACCGAACAAGCCAAAGAACGUAAGAAGAGCAGAUUCGAGAACCCGUUCAAGCCGCAUGAGCAGACUGAUGAAGAUAGAGCUAUCAUGGAAAAGAUGCGACAGAGAUUGGGAAGUAGAGAGGAGGCCAUCAAGCAGGGAGGUGCCCAACCGGCCGGGUUUCGUGGCGUCGGAGGAGCGCAAGCAAUGGCAAUGCCUUGGAAUGGCAGUAUGUAA